ACAGAGGAUGGCAGAGUCCAGGAGGAGAUGAGAAGAGCUGAGGAGGUCUGUCUGUUUGCGGAAACUUCACAGUCUUUUUUGUCCUGAGCUCUCUCCCUGCACAGUUGGACCGGAGCUGCCAAUAUGAAGAUGAGCAUGGAAUGCAGAUGGAUUGGUCAAGACAAGUUCCCAAUAUAGAGCUUCCCAUUUGGUGUAACACCUGAGAGUUACAGUGUCUGAUGGAUUACGGUGUUUUCUACGAGCUGCUGACAUGAAUUCAGAGGCCAGUGGGAUGUGGAAAUGCUCGCCUUCAGGAGAAAUCUGAGACUCGGAUGAGCCCUCGAGCACAACGAGAACUUUUAAGUGAAGGAGAUAAACCAUGGACUUGUUAUGGUGUGGCAUCGAACCGACCGUGUGCUUUUAACCCGUUUGUAGCACCCUCUACCCCCACCCCAUGUCCCAUCUUUCCCUGAAUUAUGGAAAUUUUGUGGAAGACGCUGACUUGGACACUGAGCCUGGUGGUGAUGGCUGCUUCUGAAUUUCAAAGCGUCAACAGACUUUCGCACAACUCUCAAGAGGAGUUCCUGUCCAACCUGCAGCACUUCCAGCUGACUGUCCCGGUGCGGGUGGAUGAAAACGGAGAGUUCUUGAGCUACACUGUGAAGCAUCACCGGCCGGGCCGACGGAGACGAGGGGCGGUGGACCCAAUAAUGGGACCAGUGCCGGCGUUGGACCCGGACGCUCCCGAGUCCCGGCUGUUCUACAGACUGUCAGCCUACGGAAAGCACUUUCACUUAAACCUGACGCUCAACCCCCACCUGGUGUCGAAACAUUUUACAGUGGAGUACUGGGGCAAAGAAGGGCUGGAGUGGCGUCAUAACAUGGUAGAUAACUGUCACUAUGUCGGAUUCUUGCGAAAUCAGCACAGUACGACCAGAGUGGCACUCAGCAACUGCAAGGGCCUGCAUGGUGUUAUAACAACAGAGGAAGAACAGUAUUUAAUAGAGCCAUUAAAGAACAUAUCCUCCACCACCUCCAGCGAAUGGAACCUGGAAGAAGCACAGCAACAUGUUAUUUAUAAAAUGUCUGCCAUUCCCUCACCGCAAGAGCAUAGCCAGGAGUUCAGCUGUGGCAUUUCAGACCUCAUUGAAAGCAGUGCACCUUGCCAGCAUAACACAACUUCCCCUGUCCACUUGUCCCCUGUUCCCCAAAAUGACGGGCCUUCGAACAGCACUCACAGACAGAGACGCUCUAUCAGCACAGAGCGCUUUGUGGAGACGCUAGUGGUCGCUGAUAAAAUGAUGGUCGGUUACCAUGGACGCAAAGACAUUGAGCACUACAUCUUGUCUGUAAUGAAUAUUGUUGCCAAACUUUACCGUGAUGCCAGUCUAGGAAAUGUUGUGAACAUCAUUGUGACCCGGCUGAUUGUUCUGACUGAAGAUCAGCCUAACCUGGAGAUCAACCACCAUGCUGACAAGUCUCUGGACAGUUUCUGUAAGUGGCAGAAGUCCAUCUUGUCUCAUCACGGCGACGGCAACAGUAUUCCUGAAAAUGGGAUGGCUCAUCAUGACAACGCUGUCCUAAUCACACGAUAUGACAUCUGCACCUACAAGAACAAACCCUGUGGAACCUUGGGCUUGGCCUCAGUGGCUGGAAUGUGUGAGCCGGAGAGGAGCUGCAGCAUCAAUGAAGACAUCGGCCUCAGUUCUGCUUUCACCAUUGCGCACGAGAUCGGCCACAAUUUUGGGAUGAACCAUGAUGGCAUUGGGAAUUCCUGCGGUACCAAAGGCCACGAGACAGCCAAACUGAUGGCCGCUCACAUAACAGCCAACACCAACCCUUUCUCCUGGUCAGCCUGCAGCAAAGACUACAUCACCAGCUUUCUCGACUCAGGUCGGGGGACGUGUCUGGACAAUGAACCUCUGAAACGAGACUUCCUGUACCCAACAGUGGCCCCGGGGCAGGUGUACGAUGCAGACGAGCAGUGUCGCUUCCAGUACGGGACUUCCUCCCGCCAGUGCAAGUAUGGGGAAGUGUGUAGAGAGCUCUGGUGCCUUAGCAAAAGCAACCGCUGUGUAACAAACAGUAUCCCGGCUGCAGAGGGGACUCUGUGCCAGACUGGCAGCAUCGAGAAAGGGUGGUGUUACCAGGGGGAGUGUGUUGCGUUCGGUACCUGGCCUCAGAGUGUGGACGGAGGCUGGGGGCCCUGGUCCAUAUGGGGGGAGUGCAGCAGGACCUGUGGGGGCGGUGUAUCCUCCUCCAUGAGGCACUGUGACAGCCCAGCUCCGUCUGGGGGAGGCAAGUACUGUCUUGGAGAGAGGAAACGCUACAGAUCCUGUAACACUGACGCGUGCCCUGCAGGAUCCCGUGACUUUCGAGAGAAGCAGUGCGCCGAUUUCGACAGCCUGCCAUUCCGAGGGAAAUACUACAACUGGAAGCCUUACACUGGAGGUGGUGUUAAGCCCUGUGCUCUGAACUGCCUGGCAGAGGGCUACAACUUCUACACUGAGCGCACUCCUGCAGUCAUAGACGGCACCCGAUGUCAGGCUGACUCCCUGAACAUUUGCAUCAAUGGAGAGUGUAAGCAUGUGGGCUGCGACAACAUCCUGGGAUCUGAUGCUAAAGAAGACCGAUGCCGUGUGUGUGGAGGGGAUGGCAGCACCUGCGAGGCCACAGAGGGACUCUUUAACGAAUCUUUACCCAGAGGAGGCUACAUGGAGGUGGUUCAGAUCCCAAAAGGAUCAGUUCAUAUCGAGAUUAAAGAAGUUGCCAUGUCCAAGAAUUAUAUCGCUUUGAAAUCUGAAGGGGAUGAUUAUUACAUCAAUGGAGCGUGGACCAUUGACUGGCCCAGGAAGUUCGACAUCGCGGGGACGGCUUUCCACUAUAAGAGACCCUCUGACGAACCGGAGUCUUUAGAGGCACUGGGAGCUACCACUGAAAACCUGGUCGUCAUGGUCCUGCUUCAGGAGCAGAACAUGGGAAUACGCUACAAUUUCAACGUGCCCAUCCAGCGCACAGGAAGUGGUGACAAUGAGGUUGGCUUUUCCUGGCACCACCUGCCCUGGUCUGAAUGCUCGGCUACCUGCUCUGGAGGCUCCCAGAAGCAGGAAGUGGUGUGUAAGAGACUGGACGACAACUCGGUGGUGCAGAACAGCUACUGUGACCCAGACAGCAAACCUCCAGAGAACCAGAGGGACUGCAACACUGAGCCGUGUCCCCCAGAGUGGUUUAUUGGCGACUGGUCCGAGUGUGGGAAGACGUGUGACGGCGGGAUAAGGACGAGGACAGUCCUGUGUAUCAGGAAGAUAGGGCCUGCUGAGGAGGAGACGCUGGAGGACACCCACUGUCUGACUCACAGGCCUAUCGAGCAAGAGUCUUGCAACAACCAGUCCUGCCCUCCUAAGUGGGUCACGCUGGAUUGGUCCGAGUGCACACCUAAAUGUGGGCCCGGCUAUAAGCACCGCAUCGCCUUGUGUAAGAGCAGCGAUUUGACAAAGACCUUCCCGCCCGCCCACUGCCCGAGCCACAACAAACCUCCUGUUCGAAUCCGCUGCAGUUUGGGACGAUGUCCUCCUCCUCGCUGGAUCCCUGGUGAAUGGGGACAGUGUUCGGCGCAGUGCGGUCUGGGCCAGCAGAUGAGGACAGUGCAGUGUCUGUCAUACACCGGGCAGCCGUCGAAUGAGUGUGCAGAGUCCCUACGACCCACCACCAUGCAGCAGUGUGAGAGCAAGUGUGACGCCACCCCCAUUUCCAAUGGCGACGAAUGCAAAGAUGUAAACAAAGUGGCCUACUGCCCGCUGGUGCUGAAGUUCAAGUUCUGCAGCCGAGCGUACUUCAGACAGAUGUGCUGCAAGACCUGCCAGGGACACUGACCCUCGGAGCACAAGUACGAGGCGUAGACAGAGAAAGGCCGGAACAAAGGUGGAGGGAGGCUGACACAGCACUGAAAGGGAGAGGAGAAGGAAACAGGGCAGAGACUGGAAAACAAAACUCUGGACCAGUGGACCAUGGACAAAGAGAGCUGCUGGUGAAAGAGGUGGAGGACUUCCCUGUCUAUCACACCUGACCCUCCUGCCCUCCAUCAUGGUGGAAUCCAAACCACUGCU